CUUCUCGCACAAAUAACAAGAAAACGACACGCCGUUUCUCUCUUCAUCUUCACUCCCUGCAACUGCACAUAAAACCGCUUCCCUCGUUUCAGUCCCACGCAAAACCCAAUGAACUAGACUCACCGGCGAUGUCGCCGGAAGUAACACCGCGACCAUAAGCACUCCGCCACCGCAGCUGCCAACUCCGGCAUCAUCAGAAACACAAUGUCGUCACCGCAGGACAUAAAGCAGAGAGUCUUCACGUGCCUGACCAAACUCUCCGACCGCGACACGCAAUCCCUCGCCGCCACGGAGCUCGAGUCCAUCGCUCGGAACCUCGACGCAACCGCCGUGCCGGUGUUCCUCUCCUGCAUGUACUCCACCGAUGCAUCAGACAAAUCACCGGUUCGGAAGCAAUGCGUUCAACUCCUAGGGUUACUCUCCGAGACGCACGGCAAUGCUCUCUCUCCCUACCUUUCGAAAAUUCUAGCUAGCAUUGUUCGGCGACUCCGUGACCCGGACUCGUCGGUGCGAUCCGCAUGCGUGAGUUCGGUUUCGGCAUUGUCGUGCCACGUCACCAAGCAACCGUUUCCUUCGUUUUUGAAGCCGUUGACGGAGGCGCUGUUCACGGAGCAGGACCAGAAUGCUCAGAUUGGCGCGGCGCUUUGUCUGGUUUUAGCGAUUGACGGAGCUCCGGAUCCGGACCCGGCCAGGCUGGCGAAACUCUUGCCAAGGUUCGAGAAGCUUCUGAAGCGCGACGGGUUCAAGGCGAAGCCGGCGCUGUUGACGCUCAUCGGAAGCGUCAUCGAGGCCGGCGGCGCGUCGAGCCACGCGGCUUUGAGGGGUUUGGUUCCUCGCUUGGUGGAGUCGUUGAGCAGCGAUGACUGGGCGACAAGGAAGGCUGCGGCGGAGACGCUAUUGGUGCUUGCCAACGUGGAGAGGAAUUUCUUGUCGGAAUUCAAGGCUGAGUGUAUGAAAGUUUUCGAGAAUCGACGAUUUGAUAAGGUAAAGUUAGUUCGGGACGUUAUGAAUCAGAUGUUGGAAGCGUGGAAGCAGAUUCCUGAUGUUUCGGACGAAGUUUCGCCACCUCCUAAAUCGCAAUCUUCUUCGAAAGAGAAUGCCAGUGAUGGGCGCUAUCCCCCAGUUUCUAAAAAUUUAUGUAGUCCUGGUUCAGUAAUGGCCAAUUUUCGGAAGAAAUCCACUCCUUUUAGCAGAUUCAGUCCAGCAGAUAGUUCUUCUGCUAGCAAUGCUAAGAAUAUAAGUGCUUCAAGUAGUAACAAGAGAAUGAGUUCGUUUGUUUCCAGAAAAUUAAACCAUAAGAAUUGGGAUGUUCAAAUUGCCAUGUCUAAUGCAUCCUCCGCGGCCAUGGCUGAUAAGGGGGAUCUUCAGGAGAGAGAGGGAACUGUUUUGGGAAGAAGCAAAAUGGAUAAAAGCAGAUUUUUAAAGCCAGAAAUGAAACGGGCACCGCUAAAUAAAAACUCUGAUGUUAAAAUACAGAAGUAUGGUGGGUCCAAAGCUGGAUCUCGUGUGGUUCCAUAUCAUGAAGAGAGUCAAGACACGGGUCCCGUCAGUAUAGUCACUAAAGAUCUCCAUAGGAGUGACAAAGAGAGUGAAGAUUUAUCGCUGAUCCGUAAUCAGCUACAUCAGAUUGAGAAGCAACAGUCAAGUCUACUUGAUCUUCUGCAGAAAUUCAUGGGAAGCUCGCAAAAUGGAAUGCGUUCUUUAGAGACCCGUGUACAUGGUCUCGAGUUGGCAUUGGAUGAGAUCUCUUAUGAUUUGGCUAUAACAAGUGGAAGGAUGACCAAAUCCGAUGCUCCCGGUAACAACACAUGUUGCUUGCUACCUGGAGCAGAAUUUUUGAGCUCCAAAUUCUGGAGAAAAACACAGGGCCGGCAUUCAAUCUCGCGGUUCUCUAGAUCUGGCGGUUCCCCGUCAUUUGCAGCCAUACACUACCAAGCUGACAGGAACGCUGAAACUAGGUUGUCAAAAAACAGAUAUGGGCCUGAUGGUGGCUUCAUCACUAAUCCACUGGCAGAGAUUCAUGCUGAUUCGAGGGAUUUUGCUACAUCGGAGCUAGUUUAAAAGCAGAUAUGCUGCAUGAUGAUCUAGAAUGUAAGUUUGAUCUUUCGAUUCUCAAUCAGCGAUGAAGGAAGGACCCCUUGACCGGGGAAAUGUGACUAGGAUUUAAUCAGAAUAUAUAAAUUUGUUGUGUUACUCGAAGAUAUUCCACGUAAUCUUGUUACUGGUGAAGAAGGCGAGAAGCUGGCUAUAGACCAUACAUUCUACGUUUUAGCGCAGAAUUUAAUUUGCAUUUUCAUGAUAAAUCUUGGACACGAGCAGCAGAUUGGAGUGAGUUUGCUGCUAAAUACCUCACUAUUCUCAAAACGGGUGAAUUUGUAUAUGUAUAGAGGAGUGACAAGCUGCUUACUUUAUAAAUUUAUGAUCAAGUAUCGCGUUGUAUAAUGUUUUCCAUUUAUGUAAAGGGGUCACUAGACUCGCUACACUGGCCUUCGCUCCCGGCAUUUCAUCGCUGGAUAACAAUGCUUAUAUUCUAUGUUAUUCUUCCUGUGCCCUCUCACCCGUGCCUCUUGUUAGCUUCUUUACCCAGUCAAGAUUCGGCUUCUAAAAUAUUUCGAAGGAAAAUGAUACAAUAUGAUUAUUAUGUACAA